CUAAAUUUUAGUAUAUAGACUGAUUAAUUCACAAAAAAAAAAAAAAAAACUAAUGCUGUGCUCGAUUGAUUUGCAAUCAACUCCUCUUUUUUCUUCUGCUAUGUGAUAUAUGACUCUUUCAAAUUGCUUAUCAGCAGCUUUUGCAGGAAAUAAUGAAGAAGAGUGGGGUCUCUCCAUCCAUCAAUGUCAGAACAGAUCAGACACAACAGAAACCUGUGGGGAUUCUUUGUAUUCUUCCACUGAAGUAGCCAAGAAAUCCAGUCUUUGCCUUCUCAAUGAAUCAACAGUAAAGGGUGUUUUGGUUCGUCUUCACGCUCGUUAAAGAAAGCUGGCAUUGGCGGGGAGAAAGAGGAUACAAUAAUUUUAUCGCCGUAAUAUAAAAAGCUUCCUCGUCUUGGCUUCCAGCUGGUAAUACCUCCAAACGCGGCUUCCGGAACUGCUACCUGCAUCUCGCGCUCUCCAAAACUAGUACACUGGGGCGCUGUUGAAGCCCUCCUUCCAAUCCAGGGCGAGGAGGAGCCGAAGGAUCUGCAAAGGCGGGUUCUUUCUUUUUCUUCCUCCUCUUCCUCGGAGUGGCUUGUUCUUGCGGCGGCGUGGUUUUUACAUUGUGAGAUUUGGCUUUUUUUAGAUCCGGAAUAUGCACCGACUGGUCUUUGGAGAGAGGACCUUUUAGAAAGGUUGGAUCUUGAUGAGUUCCGGGGGGGCAGAAACUAGAAAUUUUGGGGGAAUCUCCCUCAUUUUCUUGCUGGAACUGAAAUCAAACCGUACGUUAGUUGUAGGUUUUGGGCGAUUCGCUGUUGCUGCUACAAGUAGGUGUUGAAAUCUUUUUGGAACGUGGUGACCUUUAAGCGGACAUAGAUCUUGAGCAUUCAGACUGGUGUAGUCACUUGGUCUCACGUUGGAGCAGAGCAUUUCCAUUGCAGCACCAUAAGAUUUGGGAUGAUGAUCUCUGAUGGGGUGAAUUGGUUUAGAGCUUCGCUGAUUCUGGUUGUGGGUGUGCGAAGAAAUGCUGUUGCAUUCAUGGAGAUAUGAAGCUCUGUUGAGUUCGCCAGCCUUCGAGAAAGACUCCUGAUGGAAAUGGCGUUGCUGAUGCUCUUCUGAGCAUUCUUGGUAGAGACCGGAGUUGGUUUGUUGUCAUGAUGGUGCAUUGGAAGAAAGAGAUGGCGUCUUUCCACUAUGCGUCGCCGCCGCCGCCGCCACCGGAUGUCAUUCCACCACCACAAACUCAGCCCAGUAGGUAUUGCAGCCCAUCGCCGACUUGGACCCCGUCGCCUUCUUCCAUUGCCGAUCCCCCUUCAUCCCCUCCCCUGCCGCCACCUCUUCCAACUGCACCACCGCCAGCUUCCGAGCCACCAAGUGCUCCACUUGAUGCCUUUUCUCCACCACCAAAAGCCUUGUCGCCGCCACCACCGGAAUCCCAUCCUCCUCCUCCUCCUCCGUUGUCAUCACCUCCACCGCCAGUGCUGCCAUUGUCACCUUCACCAGCUGUUAUGCCUCCAAUAUUACCGAUCUACUAUCAAUCGCCACCACCACCACCAUCGCAUGUACCACCUUUGACUUCAUUGGCACCUCCACCUAAAGUGCUCCCACCUUCUCCUUUUCCAUCUAUUAGCAAUUAUACUCCACCUUUAUCUUCUCCUGUGCCUCAUGGAAACCUGCCAUCACUACCUUCAGCUACUCCAGUUAAGCCCAACACCACAAAGUCAUCCAAUCCCACAAAAAAUGCAGGUUCCAUAAAACGUAGCAGCCACUUCCCGAGAGGCACCAUAAGUACUGCUGAAUCUGUUGCAACAUUUGCUGUUGUAGCAGGUCUUGUGAUGCUUACUUUUGUUGGAGCAGCUGUGUGGCUUGUGAAGAAGCGAAAGAAGCCAGUUGAACCUCUUCGACAUGGUGGAAAUCUUGCUAUGGCUUCAACAGUAUCUUCACAUAUGUCAGAGUUAUCCCGUUCAAGAUCUUCAUUAAAUCCUCUUGUAAGACAUGGGUCUGGAGUGAGUUAUGGCUUCCCUUACUCAGCACUGGAACCAGGGUUAGGUCACGCAAAAUUGUGGUUUACAUUGGAGGAGCUAUCACUCAUUACAAACGACUUUUCAACUCAGAAUCUGUUAGGUAGAGGUGGAUCUUGUUGUGUAUAUAAAGGACUCUUACUGGACGGAAGGGAAGUGGCCGUGAAGCAGCUCAAAGUUGAUGGUGCACAAGGAGAGCGUGAAUUCAAAGCAGAAGUUGAAAUUAUUAGUCGUGUACACCAUCGCCACCUGGUUUCACUUGUAGGAUACUGUAUAUCAGAGAACCAGAGAUUGCUUGUCUAUGACUAUGUGCCCAAUAGAACUCUUUAUCAUCAUCUUCAUGGGAAAGGAAGGCCAGUAAUGGAAUGGACAAUAAGGGUUAAGGUUGCUGCUGGUGCAGCUCGUGGAAUAGCAUACCUUCAUGAAGAUUGUCACCCUCGGAUAAUCCACAGAGAUAUAAAGUCCUCAAAUAUUCUUUUAGAUUACAACUUUGAAGCUCAGGUUUCUGAUUUUGGUCUUGCAAAGUCAGCUAUGGAUACUAACACACACGUGACCACACGUGUAAUGGGAACAUUUGGAUACCUAGCUCCAGAGUAUGUGAGAAGUGGAAAGUUAACUGCUAAAUCUGAUGUGUAUUCUUUUGGUGUGGUUCUUUUAGAACUUGUUACAGGACGGAAGCCUGUUGAUACAUCUCAACCUUUGGGAGAUGAGAGUCUUGUUGAAUGGGCUCGACCAUUGCUUAUUCAAGCACUUGAAAACGAAGAUCUUGGAGAUCUGCCAGAUCCUAGGCUCGAUGGAAACUAUAACAAAGAUGAGAUGUUUCGUAUGAUCGAAGUCGCAGCUGCAUGCACUCGUCAUUCAUCAGAUAUGAGGCCUCGAAUGGGUCAGGUGGCCAGAGCUCUCGAUGGUCUAUCCGAUUUAGAUAUAAACAAUGGCAUCCAGCCAGGCCAUAGUGAAACCUUUAAUUCAUCUCCACAGUCUGAAGAAAUCAGAAUAUUUCAGAGGAUGGGAUUCGCCAGCAAGGAUUACAGUGGUGAUUGCAGUCGAACUAGCUAAACGAUUGUUCCCUUUCAAUCAUUUUCUGUAUCAAUUUUGUUGUAAUUAGAUCCAAAACAUAAUUGUAAAAGUAUAUAUAGUCUCAACCCAUUUUUUUUGUUUCAUUGAAUAAAUCCUACAUCUUUGUCCUCCUAAACUGCAGGUGGUUCUUUGCAUCUGUUGAGACUGUCUUUGUAAAGUCUUCUUAGCAGCAAAUUUGCUGUAUGCUACACUGACACCAAUGUUUGGUGUCAGAUGGUUUAAAAGAUUUUUUGCUUCAUUGAGCCAUUAAAUUCUCUACUUGUUAGCUGCCCUGUUCUA